AUGGAGCACACAAGUCGGAGUCAGUUGAUGGCAUUACCUACUUCAAGCAGCAAGACACUAGAAGACCUUGACGCCAAGCUACACACUGCUGUGAAAAACAACGAAAUGGAAAAUGUGAAGGAACUGUUGGAGAAAGGGGCAAACGUGAAUUCCAGAGCCGAAGCAGGCUGGACACCACUGCAGAGCGCUGUGCAUAUGGACGAGGACAUGGCCCUGUUUCUGCUGGAGAAGGGUGCUGAUCUGCAUGCCAGAAAGGACAACGGUGGCACUGCCUUUAUUGAGGCAGGAGCGGCAGGAAGUGUGAGGCUGCUGGAGGUCUUUCUUGCUCAUGGGUCAGACAUUAAUGAGUACGAUAACAAUGGAUUCACAGCUUUCAUGGAGGCUGCGUGGUAUGGGAAGGAGGAGGCCUUGAGAUUCCUGCAUGGCAGAGGAGCAGAUGUGAAUAUGGGGAGGAUUGUGUGUGAGGAAAAAAGGAAACUCAAUAAAGGAGGCGCAACAGCCUUGAUGGAUGCUUGUAAGGAGGGCCACAUGUCAGUUGUAAAAGCUCUGGUCCAAGACAUGAAUGUUGAUCUGAACAUCUGUGACAACCAAGAUAGAAAUGCCUUGAUCCAUGCCCUCAAAGAGGGUAGUAGUCACAAGAAGCCAGAGAUAUCUGUCUCUAUAGGGCUGUUCCUGCUUGACCGUGGCAUUGAUGUAAAGAGCAGAGAUGAAAAUGGGAAAACUGCCCUAAUCCUGGCUGCUGAAGUGGACAGCUUGGAUUUGGUGAAAGCUUUAUUGGAGAAGGGUGAAGUAGAUAUUGAUGAUGCAGAUAACAAAGGCAACACAGCACUGGUAGUAGCUGUAACGAACAAUAAUUACAGCAUAGCAGAGCUGCUGUGUGAAAAAGGAGCAAGGACUGAUAUUGGGGACCUUAUCGACAUUGUAAAUAGGAAACGUGCUUCUGACCUGAGGAAGCUGCUUCUGAAGCACAAGGCCAAGUUUGUUCCAAAACCACCUACAGACUGGGAGCCCACCAGCAAACGCUGGAGGGACCAACUGAAAAAGCUUUAUGAAAUAUAUCGCCCCAUGAUUGGCAAACUAAAGAUAUUUCAAUACAUUUACUAUAAGAUUCUGAAAACUUCCCUACGUAGCAUUUACCUAGGGCUUUAUGGUGACACAGAGGUGGCUGUAGGAAUAGGCCACCACAGUGAUACGGAGUUUGAUGAACAGAAAAGAUUCCUUGAACAGUGCGGUCACUGCAAGCACCUAGUGAAGCUCUUUCAGCACGAGAAGGCAAAAGGCUUGGUAUAUUUGUGCUUCCCUCUCUGGGAACGUAACCUUGAAGAGUACUUCCAAGCAUCAAAAGAUGGACUGGGUUGCAAAGACAUUCUGCGGAUGAUCUUCCAGGCAGUGAGAGAACUGCACUCGCUAGGAUUUGCUCACCAGGAUCUGCAUCCCAGCAAAUUUUUGAUAGAUUUAAAUGGCAACAUUUACUUGGAGGAUUUUGCUAACCGAAGAAAGUUGAUUGAAGGCAAAAAGGAACUUGUAAACACAGACCUGGAGGCCCUUAGCAGGCUCGUGCUGUAUGUUAUAACAAAGGGUAAGAAACCAUUUGAGCAAAUCAGUCCUGAGGAUGUAGAUGCAGAUUCCCCUGAUUAUGAGGAGGCCUUGGACCUUGUGGAAAGCUUGGCAUUGCAUGACGAACGAGGCUUGGAAAAUCUUAUUAAACAUCCCUUUUUCUGGAGCAAACGGAGCAGGUUCGAUUUCCUGAAGGCUAUAUGGAAAGAAGUCAAAUUUGUCACUAUUUUUAAAGAUUUGAAAAGUCCUAAAUGUCCUGAUUACCAGCAGUGGACUAGGAAGAUUAAUCCAAAGGUUCUGAAAAUCAUGCAAAAUCCUGAAGGUAGAACAUACAUAUAUCGUAACGGAGUCAAAAACCUGCUGAGGUUCAUCAGAAACCUGGAUGAGCACCUACAUGAAAGCAUCAGCGAAAUAAUAGGGGAUCAUGUUGACUAUUUCUCGAAGCUGUUUCCAGCGCUGACUAUUGAUGUCUACAACUACUUACGCAAGCAUCCUGAAUUCCAUCACCUUGCAAAUAUUCAGGACCCUUUUCUACCAUAA